AUGCUCCGCCCGGAGAGAUGGAACGCUCCAGGCUCACUUGUACCUGUGGCUGCUACAGGUCUCUUGCUGUGGUCCACCUUCUCUUCUAUCUCCAAGCCAAAUGCCCGAGGCCAUGUAACAAUCCCACUAGCAGCCAUCUUCACUAUCAUUGCGGCCCUCAACGCUCGCGACUUCUCCAAUAAUGACGUCGUCAAUUCCAUCUUUGCCAGAUUUGUCAUCAUCUAUUUCUCCCACUCCCUCUUCAUUCUUGGCUUUGUCUCUAGCGCUGAGCUCGAAGACGAGCGGAGGAGAUGGUUAAUCACCAGAUCCAUGAGGCCUGGGGGAGCGCAUGGCACAGUUAUUAACGACCAACAAGUACCAAAAGAUAUGCCAGGGUCCUCAAAUUAUGUCUUCUCCUACAAAAUUCUACUGAAUCCUCUCUGUUUCGGGACGAAGUGGGAAGUCCCGCUAAGAGAGGCCAAAGUAAAGGGAGGAGACUCACUAGCAACAAGUUUCGCCCACAAAAGCAGGAACAUUACUUCAGAAAGCCAUUUGAGACAACCUCCAUUACCCUCAAAAGCUAGAGACAAGAUAUUACAGAAACCUAAGUCUCGUACAGUGUUCAUUCUGCGUCGCCUUUUCACAUUAUUUUGUCGCUAUCUUGCCCUCUGUAUCUACUUCGAUCGCGACCUCUUCUUUUGGAUGCCCGGAGGGAUUGCCGAAAACAAAGAUGACUAUGUUCUUGGUGGUAACCAUUUCUUCUUCCAAAGUCUGCCCUGUCUUCUCUUAGGUCAGCGUAGCAAUGAUGCGCAUAUCCAUGCCCAAGCUGUGCGAGCGACAGUCUUGCGACUUCACUGGGUCCUGAUUCAAGUCGUCCCCGAUUAUCUUACUCUUUCCUCCUAUCACGACGUCUUGGCCAUCAUUGGUGUAGCAACUGGAGUUGAUGACCCAUCCGAAUGGCCUCCGAUGUAUGGCAGUAUCACAGAAGCAUACACAAUGAGGCGAUUUUGGUCCUCAUUCUGGCAUCUUCUCAUCUACCGAUCGUUCUCUACGUUUUCGCGAUCCAUCUUGUCUAUUUUGGGUUUCAAUGGGCGUCACCCCAUUAGCAGAUACACGCACAACAUUUUGGUGUUUUUUUUAUCUGGCAUCAUGCAUGAGAUCGUGCCAUGGUUGCUCACUCCAGACCAGUGCAUCAAGUGCGGGUGCCAUCAUCAGAUCUGGAGGUUCGUUCUACAGGUCUUUGGGAUGAUGGUAGAAGGCGCUGUUCAAUUUGUUUGGAGUAAGCUGGAGAGGCGGCUCUUCGGACCUGAAGUGGAACAGGUUCGCUUCUUCGUGAAUGGCGAAUUCUCUACUACUCUUGGCGAUAACUGA